UCACUCCAUGAGAACAGAGCUCGAGGUGCUGCUCCCCGACCAGCCUGAGAAGCCACCCUCAACCCUGACCUGAGCCCAAUAGCUAGACUUCUGCCGGCACGGCCCACAGUGCCAGUACGAGCGUCCGCAGGACGGACAGUUCCACCCAGCCAGGCCCUUCUCCCCUAUCUUAUUCAUGACGGAGCUAUCCACGUUGCAGCUGUAAUUGCCGCACCCGCCGCAAGAGAUGGAUGUCACAGCACACCCGCGGCCGCUAGUGCAGAUGAAUCUCCCCUUGUCGGACUCGAAAAACAGGCGGCGAAGGGAUGCCACCUCCUUUGUGAGUGCCUUGAUCUUGUCCUCCACCUGCUUCUUGCGGGCGUCCACCUUCUGGUCGAUGGUCAGCGUCUCGAGCUUGCCCAGCUCGCAGUGGAUGGUGUCGAUGUUCUCCUUGAACUUGCCCAGUACCUGCUCACACACGGAGCGAGGGACGAAACAAGAGGAUGUUGGCGAUCUGGCCCGUUGUGUGCAUUUGGUCGGUCACCUCACCUCCAGACAUUUGCUGCUCCCCACGCACAAGAUCCAGUGCUCAGACGCCGACAGCAGCGCCGUGUUGAGCCUCUUGAGGUCGGCGUAGGUCUUGGACUCGUACGAGAUGUUGUCCUUGAAGGGAUCCUCCGCGAUGACGGUGAGCUUGGCCUCGACCACGUGACCGUCGAUGAGUGUGGCCACUGGUGAGGUGGCGUUGUUUCAUGUCGCUUGGAACGCGCCGUUGCUGAAGCUGAUGUCGGCCUUCUGACCCACAACCACAGAUGCGUUCGCUGCCUUCUUCUGGUCAAUGCGCUCGAUGGCCUCGCAGUUGAUCUGCAUGAAGGGACAGAAUAAAGGCAUGGGGAGGGGAAAGGAGUUCGUCCUUAUGCAUCAGACCGCCUCGCACCUUCUGUCGGCCACGUAUCUCCUCCAGCAGCUUGUUGGCUCGUUCCUCUCUGACAGCAAGGCAGUUGCACGCCUUGCCGGAGCAAGUGUCAGCCAU